ACAAUAAAAAUGAGAUAAUAAACUAAAUUAAUUGAUGGAAUUUAAAAACAAAUCGAAAAAGGAAAUUUUCCUUUUCACUACUUGAAAAAAAAAGGAAACUUACCUUUACUCUAUUCUCAUCCGUCUCCAUCCUCUAUAAAUACAAUUCUUUGGAUAACAAAUCAAUCCUCAAAUCUCAAUCCAUCCACCAACAACAACAAAAGACUUACACCAAGCAGAAAAAAAGAAACCAUCAAAUCUUAAGAGAAUGGAGACUUGCUUGGACUGCAAGAAAGCUACCGAAACGGUGAUUGACCUAAGAACAGGCGACACAAUCUGCACAGAGUGCAGCCUCGUCAUCUCCGAUCACUACAUCGACGACUGCCAAGAAUGGAGAACGUUCGCUAACGACGACAACAGCGACCAAGACCCUAACCGCGUCGGCGCUCCGACCAACCCUCUUCUCAAAUCCGGCGGUAUCGGCACCAUCAUCAAAGAAAACGCUUUCUCCUCCGUCUCCAAGAACGACUUACUCGGUUUGUCCCGGGCGCAGAGCCUCGCCAGGAACAAGGAAGAAGACCUGUUCAAGAAAGCGUGCAACGAAAUCAAGAGAAUGACUGAAGAUCUUGACCUAAUAAGCGGCGUCGAGUUUAGGGCUUGCGAGAUCGUCUCCAAGUUCGAUGUUGACAGCAGCAAGAAGCUACGGAGAGGGAAGCAGUUAACUGCUCUCUGCGCGGCCUCGGUUUCAACGGCUUGCCGUGAGCUGAAACUCUCGAGGACGUUGAAAGAGAUCUCCACGGUGGCUAGUGGUGUGAGUUUGAAGGAUAUUAACAAGGCGAGUAUGGCGAUAAAGCGUCUCCUAAGGUCAGAUCAGGACGAGGCUGUUUCUGAUGCCGCUCCUCAGGUGAUGAUGAAGACAGGAGAACUUGUUCGAAGAUUCUGUUCUAAACUCGACAUGAGCGAAAGAGAGAGGAAGGCUAUUAGAGAAGCUGUUGAAAUGGCUGAGAAUUUCGAUAUCAGGAGAAACCCUAAGUCGGUUCUUGCUGCCAUCAUCUUCAUGAUCUGUCAGCUAUCUCAGACCAAACAGAGACCUAUUGCAGAAAUUGCGUUGGCUUCUGAAGUUGUGGAGAAUACCAUCAAGAAGUCUGCUAAUGAUAUGUAUCCUUACGCCUCCAAGAUUAUACCCAAAUGGUAUGCUUCUGAAGAAGACAUUAUCAAGAGCUUAGGAGGUCUCAUAGGUACUUGAGAUGGUGGAAAACUUUUAGUAUAAGUAAGACUUCACUGCGCAAGAAGUUUUGGGAUUUGUGUUGAAGAAGAAAUUGUUUUGAUUAGAGAUCUAUGUGGUCUAUUUUCUGCUUUACAUAACAUAUAGAACUUUGUUGACAUACAGAAUGGUUGAAUGAAUAUAUUGAGCUUGUUGAGAAGUAUUAUUCGGUGAAGUGCACUGAGAACUAAGAAUUCACAUUCUGGAUAAACUAAUUUACAUAUCUCAAUGUA